UGCCCUACGCGGCUACGCAACACCUCUCACUCUCUCCUCUCAAAAAUCCCUAACUUGUUGAUUUCCCUCUUCUUCUUCUUCUUCUUCUUUUCUUCCUGUCUCUCUUUCUCCUCCCUCCCAUUGGAAUCAUACAAUGUCGGAAAUCGAAACCCUAGCAAUCCUCGAAGAAUUAUCAUCCCUGGUCUCCGACCGCCUUCAAGUGGUUUCUUACAAAUGGCUUAGUCGAAACUUUUUGGUGUCAUCAAAUGCUGCAAAAAAGUUGCUUCAGGAAUUUGUGGAGAAAAACAAAAAUGAUUUUGAAGCUGUGUACACUAUAGCAGGAUGGUUGAAGAAAACUCCACCAACUUAUCAUAUAAGACUCGUUCCACAGCCGAAACUUGCAGAAGCUAAGCACGAUUUUGAUGGUAACUGCUCCGUCCAAGUCUACAGUGUACAGGCUUGUAUCCCAAAAGACCCAGCUGCUAUUUGGAAUGCAGAAUAUAUUCAAGCUGAAGAGCUUUUUAAGCAACCUAUUGCAGUAGAUAAUUGUCUCAGAGAUAAUAGGUUCUGUGGGGUCUCAAAUUCCUUGGUUAAGCGUAAUGCCGAGGGAGCGCCUGUAGCAAUUACAGUGCCACAAGCUAAAGGUAUAGGGAAUCCAGGUCAGGCUUUAGGCAGUUCUGUUAAACAAACUGGCUCGGUUUUGCAACCUCAGCCAAAAAAAUCGGAGGAUGCAAGCCCAAAAUUAGCCCUACAGCGUUCGAGUGUGACUACUCCCAAAACAGAAACUGACAGAUCUGGUACUUGUGAUAUUAUGCAAAUCAAGGCACCAGACAAGGAUAAAACAUCUCUUCCAGUUAAGAAGAAAGGUCAGAGUGAUAAGACUUCAGCCGGAUCUAAAACCUCCUUAACAAACUUAUGGGGUCGUGCAUCAUCAAAAUCCAAAUCCACUAACUCUUCUGUUGAAGAAAAAUGUGUUGCUUCAAAGACAAACGGUGUUUCAGUUAGUGCAGAUGCUCAAAUUACUGCUUGUGAAUUAUCGGAGGCUGCAAGUAGUGAUGAUAAUGAAGCAGAUGUCAAUUUUAAGAGAGCUUCUAAUGACGGUGGCAAGAAGAGAAGGGUAGUAUUUGAUGACUCGGAUGAAGAGGAUUAUGAAACUGCUGUUAAUUUGGGAUCACCUGAUGUUCCAAAUGCAAAAUUAUCUCAAGAUUCUAAAUUUAAGAGUGGAACAUUAGACAUAGAGAACAAAAAAUUGAACUUUGACAAGCAGGAUGAUUGCAAACCAAUAGUGAAGGAAGAGACAGUAAUAGAUGAUGCCAAUCCUUAUGCUAAAGAAGAAUUUUCAGCUCUUUACAUGUGCAAGAAUGUAAGGGUUGCCACUUCAGAGAAAAUCCAUGAAAGAACUCCUGAUGUUGAUACAAGUAGUAAGAAGAAAGCAACAGAAGCUGCUCCAAGUUCACCUAAAAGAAGAAAAGUAUUGAAGACACGAAUUGAUGAACGUGGGAGAGAAGUCACUGAGGUCGUAUGGGAAGGUGAAGAGGUAGACACGAAGGACACAAAUCCAAUUAAGAGUGUUAGCGAAAGUGUUAAAAGUAGCAACGUCCAGGCUAAAAAGGUUGAAGAGAGUGGACCUGUUAACAGGAGUAGUACAACUAAGAAGUCUCCAGCAGUUGGAAGCACAGCUGCGGGAAAAGCUGGUGGUAAGAAAGGAACAAAUUCAAAGGAUCCCAAGCAAGGAAACAUAUUAUCAUUCUUCAAGAGAGUAUGAUAGUUCUGUGAAAUGAUUUAGUGUCUUUAACUUUUCAUAUUUUUGACAGCAUAUGAAAUGCUUUCAGCCUUAGUACAUUGGAUUGCCACUAGGUUCAGUAUGUAAUUAUGUUGUGCUGUAAUCUUAUGAGCAUCUGAGUACAGAAUCCAUUUCAGCUCUUCUGCCAUGCCUCUGCUGUUGUAUUGUUAAAGGGGUACCUUGGUUAAUUUGUGGCUUGAGUAAAUGACUCAAUGAUCAAGUGUGGAGUGGAAAAUGAACAUGUUAUAUUCGUAACGAAAGAUGAUGGAUUAUAAUUUCCUACUCCAUUGAAAUAAAUGCAGGUUCAAUUA